UGACUGUACACUAGGGAUUGAUCUAGUUUGGGGAGGGGGCUUUGGAAGGCUUACUUGAGAAUAAAACGUUAAAAGCCUUGAAGCGUGAGUAGAAAUUAAUUGGAAGAAGAGAAGGAGUACCAUACAAAGAGAAGAGCAUAUAUAAUGGCUUGGAGAUAGCAAGAUGCAUGUGGCAUUUGACAAACUGAGGAGACUCCUUUGCAUGGAACUCAAAGAAGAGGCGGAACUUGUGCAGCGUGAGGCUAGAGAAAUAGGCAGGGACUUACCUUGUUAAUGAGUUUGAACUCCAUCCUAAGAACAAUGGAAGAAACUAUGGAAGGGUUUAAAGCAGGGGAGCAACAAUCUAAUUUACAUUUCAAAAGUUUGCUUCGCUAAGGCACGGAAAAUGGAUUUGAGGGAGUGCAACAAGAACGGAUGCCCAGAUCAGCUGCCAGUAACCCAGGCGGGACAUGAUGAAAGCUGGAACAAGGGAGGUAGCAGUAGCGAUAAAGUGGACAGAUAUUUAAGAGGUAAAAGGGAUCGAGCAUGAUGGGGAUGGGAGCAGUUGUCCUGGUGAACUGAGUGGAUUGCCAAUUUUUCCACCAAGCACAAAUGCUGGUGGUAGCCGGGUUUUUUUUUUGGUUGGGGGGGGCGGGGGGAGGGGUGGCUAGUAGAGAUAAAGAAUUGCUCAGGAGACUACAAUUUCUCUCUUAAAGGAGAACGUCUUUGGCUCCACAGGGUGUUAUUUCAAUUGAACGCUGAACUAGCAUUGGGCAGGACUAUGGGGCACCGCCCUUCACCCAGUAGGGCCCCAAAUGUCCGUUUUACACUUCUAUCACAGUGAUCCAUUCCCACUGCGCUAAUAGUUUUAUUUUACUUCGGACAGAAAAACGUAACUCCCUCCCGCCGCCAAUCCCAAGAAAUAUUUGCUUUAUCUUUCGAAGUCCGGUACAAAGAUAAUUUCUCAGGGAAGUCUUUCGGGCCUUUCCCACCCCACGGAUCCUUCCAUCCAUCUCGCCCACUAUGCUGUGCGUUCCACACAGCACGGAUUGCGCACUCUCAACUUCGCGUCUCCGGGGUCCAGAGCGGGGCCCUUCAAACACUGCGAGCUUCACAUUUUCCAAUUAGCCACAUUUACUGGCGCUGAGAGGUACCAUAGCGCCUGACAGCCGCACCUCGGCGUGUGAGCCAAUUGCCCCCCGGAAGUGACGCGCUGUCAGGGACGACGUGCUUCCGCUCCCGACUGUCGCCCCCGCCGCCGCAGGGGGACGGGUUUCUCUGGCCUGCCAACUCUGCUGCUCUGGAGGAUUCGUGCGUGACUGAUAAACAUCUGAUGAAGCCAUGACCAGGUGGGCACGGGUUACUACCACACAGAACAAAAGACCCUUCCCUGCAACAUCAUGGGAGGACAUGAAGAAGGGGUCCUUUGAGGGAAAAAGCCAAAACCUACCAAAGAGUAAACAACUUGAAGCCGGUAGUCUGUCCCUUAAAAAUCAUGCACCCCAAGCAAAACACAAAAAGAAUAAAAAGAAAAAGGAGUAUUUAAAUGAAGAUGUGAAUGGAUUCAUGGACUAUCUAAGGCAAAACUCACAGAUGGUUCACAAUGGACAGAUGAUAGCAGCAGACAGUCAGGAAGUCAGGGAAGAAAUUGCAGUUGCUUUAAAGAAAGAUAGUCGCCGGGAAGGAAGACGAUUAAAAAGACAAGCAGCAAAGAAAAAUGCAAUGAUAUGUUUCCAUUGUAGAAAACCUGGCCAUGGGAUUGCAGAUUGCCCAGCUGCCCUUGAGAAUCAAGAAAUGGGCACUGGAAUAUGUUACCGGUGUGGAUCCACAGAGCAUGAAAUAACCAAGUGCAAGACUAAAGUAGACCCUGCUUUUGGUGAAUUUCCUUUUGCAAAAUGUUUUGUUUGUGGGGAAAUGGGACAUCUGUCCAGAUCUUGUCCUGAUAAUCCCAAAGGACUCUAUGCUGAUGGUGGUUGCUGCAGACUUUGUGGCUCUGUGGAACAUUUAAAGAAAGAUUGCCCCGAAAGUCAGAAUUCAGAUCGAAUGGUCACAGUUGGUCGCUGGGCAAAGGGAAUGAGUGCGGACUAUGAAGACAUUUUGGAUGUGCCUAAACCACAGAAACCCAAAACAAAGAUACCUAAAGUUGUUCAUUUUUGAUGAUUAGUGCUAUCAUUUGUUAGCACCUCAUUGUUAAACAUUCUGAACUGGGCCUACUUCAUAAGUUGGACCUGGACUCUCCCUUGGAGUCCUGUAUUGUAGAUAUCAGUAUAAUCUAGGUGUGGUCAAACCAGUUCCUGAGUUGUGUCCGUCAAGGAGCACUUCUACCAUUGUUUGGAGAAAAUCACUGAAUAAAAGUAUAAUAUGUUCAAAAUGGAUUUUCUAAAAGAAUAUAUUUUUAACCAACAGAACUUAGGUGUAACUAAGUGCUUGCCUGAUUGUAACAAUCAUCUUUUUCUAAAAACAAAAUUAUGCAUUAAUAUGAACUAUCCCUAAACAUAGGGUACCUGCUUUGCAUUUGGAAAUGAAUUUUUAUUAUAUUGUUUUCUUGGUUCAAAGUAUCAAUUUAUUAUUAUAUUAGAAAUUAAUUUAUAAUUGCCACAAAAUCUGUAUUUUAAAAAUAUUUAAUAAAAACUCACUUGCUAUUUA